AUGGCAAUAACGCAAAUUCUAUUACUCAUAGUCUUGGGGCUUGUGGGUUACUUUGCCUAUUGGUUUCGGAAGCGCAUGAAUACUUGGCAGGAUCUUGGCAUCGCGUGCGAUAAGCCAAACUAUUUGCUGGGAAAUUUGGUGGGAAUGCUCAAAACACGUUCAUUCGCGGAUAUAGGACGUUCCACGUAUAGUAAAUUCAAAGGUACGGGACCGUUUUGUGGUUUCUAUUGGUUUCAUCGUCCUGCAGUUUUUGUACUGGAAACCAGCCUUGUUAAAGCUAUACUCAUCAAGGAAUUCAAUAAGUUCACCGAUCGCGGCUUCUAUACGAAUCCAGAUGAUGAUCCACUCUCAGGGCAUCUCUUUUCGUUGGACGGUCAUAAAUGGCGUGCCAUGCGCAAUAAGCUCUCACCAACAUUCACUUCUGGCAAAAUGAAACAAAUGUAUCCGACAGUUACUAGAGUGGCCGCAGAGCUUGUGAAUGUAUAUAAUGAGGCCGUGAAUGGUAAACGGCGGUCUACACUAGAAGUGCGCGAUUCUCUUGGGCGCUACACCGCUGACGUGAUUGGUUCAUGCGCUUUUGGCAUCGACUGUAACAGCUUGAAGAAUCCCAAUGACCCAUUCCGUCAGAUGGGUAGACGUGUGUUCACAGAUCACCGUCAUGGUCCAUUAGCGAUGGCAUUAAUUCUUCUAUUUCCCAAAUUGUCUCGACGUUUACAUAUUAAAAUAACACCCGAUCACAUAACGGACUUCUACAUGCGCAUUGUUCAUGAAAAUAUAGCAUAUCGUGAAGCGAAUAACAUUAAACGUCAUGACUUUUUCGAUAUGCUGUUGGAUUUGAAAAAUAAUAAAAUGAUGAAGUCAGAGGACGGUCAGGCAAUGACGAAUAUAACCGUUGAAGAGUUGGCCGCGCAAGCAUUUGUAUUUAUGGUAGCCGGGUUUGAGACCUCGUCGACAACCAUGGGCUUUGCGCUCUACGAGCUGGCACAGCGUGACGACAUACAGCAACGUGCGCGACAGGAAGUUGUUGAAGUACUGCAGAAACAUAACGGUGAAUUCACUUAUGAAUGUAUGAACGAAAUGGUUUACUUGAACCAAGUGAUAUCAGAAACACUACGCAAACAUACAAUAUUGCCCAUGCUUGUGCGGGAAUGUCUGGAGGACUAUCAAGUGCCCGAUCAACCCAGAUAUGAAAUUAAGAAGGGCACGUUUGUGAUAAUCCCGGCUGUGGGUAUACACUAUGACGAGGAUUACUAUCCCAAUCCGGAACAGUUUGAUCCCGACCACUUUACGCCCGAAAAGGUGGCGCUGCGCGAUUCCACUGAGUGGCUGCCCUUCGGCGAUGGUCCGCGUAAUUGCGUUGGGCUGCGUUUCGGUCUUAUGCAGACAAGAGUUGGCUUGGCUUACUUGUUGAAGAACUUCAAGUUUAGUGUUAGCGAAAAAACACAGAUCCCCAUUAAAUACAGCAAGGAAUCUUUUCUGUCGUUGGCUGAGGGUGAUAUUUACCUGAGCGUUGAAAAGUUGGCUGCUUGAGCUGAUCGAGGUGGUGAUCUUUGGAAGUACAAUUAAGUAUAAUUGAAGAUUGAUUACAUUGUUGUAUGCAGAUGCUGUCAAUUAAAGCGCAAACUUUCAAUAAAUAGAUAUUAUUUUAAUUGCCUCAAGGAAA